AAAAAGAAAGCCCCCCCCACCCCUCGCUCCCCAUCUCUCUUCAAGCUAUACCACCUGGUGAUUGUUGGAUACUACAAAUUCUCACCCAAGCCCUCACUUAUCAUUCAUAUUCAGUCUCUUCUCCUAUCUGUCUCCUCCUAUUUCUCUCCAGGAAUCUAAAUUCCCUUCAUUGUAAACUCAAAGCUUGACGUCCUCUGUUUUUCCUCUGCCUCUCUACACUCUUGUGGCGGGGCCUUUCGUUGCUUUUUGCCUUUCAUUUGUCAUAGUUAGGUAUCAUUUUACUUGUUAAGAUGGCAACUAUAGUUUGCCAAGGUUUGCAGUCCUGUCUUGAGUCUCAGCUCGUAGAGCAAAGGACACUGCGGCUCAGAUUGUCUUCACCAAAGCCCCACUUCCCUCAAUCCCUUGAAUUGGCCUUAAAACCUAGUUCCUUUGACAGACGCCAGGAUGAAGAUAAGCAUAUAUCUUCAGUCCCAAAUCCUGAUAUCGGUGGGUGGAGCUUCCUCCAGGCUCUAUCCAACUCCUUUCAGGGUCCCAAAGAAGCAACGGAGAAAGAAAACAUAUAUGUACAUCCUCUAAUGAAGCGUAACUCCUCGAAGCUUAGUGAGAAGAGCCUGGAAUUAUGUACUGAGAACUUAGGUAGCGAAACUGGUAGUGAUACUAUCUCGUUGUGUUUAACGGAAUCAGAAGCAGGAAAUUUGCCAACAAGAGAGCAACAGAAACCUCGUCAACUUUUGGGAGAUAGGAAAGCGAAUUCUCGUAGUUUUCCACCUCCCUUGACAACGAUGAGUGGAUCAGAAUCCCUUCGAGUUAGACCCCACCGCGAAGAUGGAAGGCUGAUAAUCAAAGCCAUCAAGGCUCCAUCAACACACACUUAUUUCCAAGCUGAAAGAAGCGACGGCCGCCUUCGACUAUCCUUUGUCAAAUAUUCUACUUCAAAUUUUGACUCUACAGAGAUAGGCUCCGCAGAAGAAAACGAAGCAAGCAGUGAAACCAAGAAUGAGAAAGAAGAGAUUGAAACUGACGUGAAUCAAGAAGAAGAAGAAGAAGAUGAGGAGGAGGACGACGACGAGGAGAGUGACUUUGAAGAAGAAGUAGUGAAAGGAAGUGUUGCGUCCAGCAAAGAAGGUGAAGAAAACGGUGGGUACGUUGAAAAAGACGUGGAAGGAAAUCAUUUGAAUGUUGGGGCUGAAUUGGGAAUUGAAAAUUUUCAAAGACCAAGAAGGUGCAAAGAAGGCGAACUAGAGAACAAAGCAUUGUUAAAUUGGGAGCCUUUUCUGGUGGCUACAUCCUAAAGUUUUAUUUUGGAUCUCUCUAUUAUUAUUAUUAUUGUUAUUAAUAAAAUCUUACAAUUUUUAGAUUGUC